AUGUAUAUGCUCAUCAUCUUGCAAGAGCCAUUUUUGUGUAUGCAAAAUGCUUUAGAUUGUGCAUUGGGAAGCCCUACCUCUGUCAACUUCUUUAGCCUGUUCAUCACGUUUCGUACUAAAAAGGAAAAUAAAGGAACAGAAAAUUUAAUCGUCGUCUCCUCUCAUCUUCAAAAUGGAACUAAAUUUUUAGGCCAAAUAAAAAUCUGCAUUUUUAUUUUAUUUAGAGCUAUUCAUCCACCUCUAUAUCUAUCUUCUUAUCGUCUCUCUAUUAGUUUCUCUAUUAGCUAUGCAAACAGAAAAGUUGCCACUAGCCAACAUGCUGUUGCUGCUGUUACAUCUGCUUCUCGAAACUCAAACCCCCCAAAGCUUUCUGCUGGGGAACGCAAGGCAGCUACCUUGUAUCCAAUAUCUGGGUUCACUGUGGAAAAGAGACCCUCCUUGGAUCAGACCCAGGGUCGAAAUGAUUUUUUUAAUCUCCUGAAGAAGAAGACCUCAACAAACACUUCAGCUGGUCUUUCAGGUUUAGAUCCUCAUAUUUCAUCUUCCACCGUAGAGAAAUCUGAAGUUUCAAAUGGAGUAGCCAGUGCGUCUGCACCUGCUCAUGGUAAUGAGACUUGUACUGUGGCAACUAGCAACGAUGACACACGUCAAGAUGCUCAAGGAUUUUCUGAUGACUGUGAAAAGGAUAUGAUCUCCUUUGCUAUGGUAUAUCCAGAUGAAGAAGAGGCUGCUUUUCUUCGUUCACUUGGCUGGGAAGAAAACUCUGGUGAGGAUGAAGGCCUCACAGAAGAGGAGAUCAAUGCUUUCUGUAAGGAGUACAUGAAGCUCAUGCCGUCUCUGAAACCUUGUAGCAGCAUUCUCCCAAAGCUUUGCUCAAUCUCUUGCAACUAAUCCAGAUGGACCUUCUUCUGAAUCAAGCUCAACUAGGACCGUAUCAUGAGCUUGACUUUCUUUAUCCCUACAUAAUAAAUCCAAAGAAUUUCCAGAUUUGAUGGCAGAUCUUUAGGAUUUCCGCCGCCCCCCCCCCUUUUUCCUCACUUGGAUAUUUCCUCCAUGAAAUAGCUGCUGAGUGGGGAAUCCGUGUUUGGUUUGGGGGGGGGGGGGAUUGGUGUUUUCUUCCUUUCAAGAGGGUUCAACUUUACAAGAUAGAGACUAUUGGUGUUUUUGGGCAAUUUUACAUAUAGGAAAAGAAAGAUGAAAUAAAAGAAGUUGCAUUUUUGUUCAGUAGUACACGUUACAUGUGUAUUUUUCAUGGUUAUCCUUUAUCUUUUUUUAGCCAUGUUUUACAUGUGAGAGCAAGUAGCUAUCCGUGAAAAAAAAAUGAAGGAAACACCAGUGGGGAUCCAUUCUAAAAGC